UUAUGCAGCCAAAGAGCCUGGGUAAUAGAGCUAUCAGUGAGAGGCAGAAAGAGCUCUCGGCGCAGAUCGCUCAGUUUCCUUUUCUCUCUCUGCUCUCUUAUCCUCGGGCACAGCUCGGAUCGGAGGUGGCAGGUGACCAGUCUGUCUGUCUGUCUGCUGGACCCCAGCGGCGGAUGUUCUUGGGCACCUUCUUCCCACCGCGGUGAGGCUGGACGGAUAAACUCACCAUGGCGCUGGAAGCGGAGGGGAACAAGCUGCAGCUGCAGGACGUGCUGGCGAGACCGGGCAACGACAAGUGCGCGGACUGCGGCAAUCCAGAACCAGACUGGGCGUCGCUGACUUUGGGUGUGUUUGUUUGCCAGGCCUGCUCGCUCCUUCACCGGAGCAUCCCACACAUCAGCCGGGUCAAGUCUGUCCAGGACACAUGGGAUGCCAGCGAGGUGGAGUUAAUGGCUGCAAUGGGAAACAGUGCAGCCAAGGCCAAAUAUGAGCAGAAGGUUCCAGCUUUCUACUAUAGACCAACACACACUGACUGCAAACUGCUGAGAGAGCAGUGGAUCAGAGCCAAGUACGAAAGGAACGAGUUUGAAUUUAUCGAGAAGCAAGAGCCAUACUCUGCAGGGUACCGAGAGGGGUUUCUAUGGAAACGAGGAAGAGACAACGGUCAGUUUCUUAGCAGAAAGUUUGUCCUGUCAGAGAGGGAGGGAGCGCUGAAAUACUUCAACAAGCAGGAUGCCAGAGAUCCCAAGGCAAUAAUGAAAAUAGAAACCCUCAAUGCCACCUUCCAGCCUGCCAAGAUUGGCAACCCCUGCGGACUGCAGAUCACCUACCUGAAAGACAACAGCACAAGGAACAUCUUUGUUUACCACAGCGACGCCAAGGAGAUGGUCGACUGGUUCAAUGCUAUCAGAGCUGCCAGGUUCCACUACCUGCAGGUUGCCUUCCCGGGAGCGAGUGACGAAGAGCUGGUGCCCAAACUGACCCGAAGCUUUAUGAAGGAAGGCUUUAUGGAGAAAACGGGUCCAAAGCACACUGAGGGCUUCAAGAAGAGGUGGUUUACGAUGGAUGACAGGCGGCUCAUGUAUUUCAAAGACCCUCUGGAUGCCUACGCCCGUGGGGAGGUGUUCAUUGGCAGCAAGGAGAACAGCUACACUGUCCUGGCUGGCUUGCCUCCGUCCACACAGGGCUACCACUGGAACCACGGCAUCACCAUCGUCACGCCAGACAGGAAGUUCCUCUUUGCCUGUGAGACUGAGGCCGAGCAACAGGACUGGAUAGCCGCUUUCCAGAGGGUCAUAAAUCGACCAAUGAGGCCACAGGAGUACGCAGUGGAGGCCCAUUUCAAACACAAGCCUUGAAAUCUGCUGGAAACCAAGCGCUCAACUGGACCAGCCCGGUCUCAUUCAGAUCAGAGACGGCCCCAGCGUGCGACCACUGACCAUGGCUAGAAGAGGCGGGGUGGGUCUUAUGGGUCACGAGGGGUUUUAGGGAUGGGCCGAGAUGGGAAAACACGAAGAAAGGAAAGGAAACACCGGCAGGACUCCAGUCUGUCUCGUGUAGGAAGCCUAAAACUCUAACGGGACUCGAGGCCCCUCAUGGGGUGAUCCAAGGCCAAAGGGUAGAUGAUGUCAUCACUCUUGCGCUUACCAACCUUGUGUUGUACAUUAUCACAUCAGAAACCCUUUCCUCUCCUCUCCUCAGCCAUGUGGACCCUUCCCCUUGCAACAAGCUCCUCCUCCCCCUUCCCACCCAGAAUUUUUUGUCUUGUGAAUGGUUCAUUCUGUCUGUAAUCUAAUGUAAUUAUGUAAUCUAGAGUCAUUUCACUGGUUGCUUAACAAAGACAAUGCAUUGUUAAUUUAUUGAAUGUACAGUUUUGAUGACAGUGGCUUAUUCUGUGUGCGUGCGACGUUUUUCAUUGAGGACACUGUGAGGUUGAACCUCCCGCACUAAAACCCUGGUAAACCUGAAAUCUGCAAAGUGCUGUUAACAACAAAUAUGCAUACGAAACACACAAACAUACACACAACAAUCUCUCAGUGAGCACCUCUGCUGUUUCGGCAGCACGAGGUGGCAUAUCUGCAUCCAGGCAGGGUUACCUUUCAAACCUCAAUCUGACAGAUGUUCUCUUAUUUAUUUGUACUGUUGAACAUACUGAGUCAUCGUAGACGGUUAUCGCUGCUUUCCAGGAUUGUAAUGUGACAGGAUUGUAAUUUAUAUGACACUUCUACAGACGUUUCGUUUAAUCUUUGCAUCUUGUUUUAAAGACACAUGGUUGUGUUGAUCCUUAAAUCACAGUGAUAGUUUGUUUCAUUAUAAAAUCAAUACAAAGGAUCCUGAAAUGAGCUGCCGGUGUUUUGGAUUGUCCUCCGUGUUCCCUCUUCUCUGUUGUCUUUCAACAGUUUUCCACACACUGAUCCAUCUGCUGUUGCUUUCAAGUAACCUUGAAUGCUGAUUGGUGCACAAAAGUCUAAACUAAACCAUGGCUGACAACAAUACACAAAUACACUUGUUGAAAGUACUGUCUUUUUGAGCAUGGCUGCCAGUGCUCCCCAAUUCUUCCACUAGGUGGAGCUCUUUUAUCACCCCGCCACUGCUCACAGGGCGAUGUGAAUCAUGUGCGAGCAUGUGGGGGACAUUAAUGUAAACUGAAGCAGUUUGUACAAACAGAUGGCAAAAAAAAAAAAUAUACUGACACUUUAGUCCAGAAGGAUACUACACUGCUGGGAAAUUACUGAAAGAGAGUUAGAGAUCCAUUCUCUUAACUUACAGACAAAACAUACAAAGUCCACAUCGUGAACAGCUACUGGACCUUCUUGCUCUGAGGCAGCAGUGUUAACCACUGUCAGAGUGAGAGGUAGUUUUAUAUUGAAAUCGACACAUCCUUAUGUGUCUCUGGUGUCACAGGUAAAAUAUAAUAAUAUAAUCAUAUAUUCUCUGACCGCUUGGAAAAUGGUUGCAGAAGGUUGCUGGCUGUCAUUCAGUGAAAACUUUCUGCUUUGGUUAUUAGUCAAAGUUGCCCAUAGUUUGCAUGGAAGACCCUUACUUAUCUGCAAACACAAACACAAUGCUAGCCAAUCCUUUUUAGAAUUAAAAAAUGUGUCGUGCAAACCAGAGAGCAUUCAAAGUAACGUUUACUUUAAAGCCAGACAGUCUUUGUUUCUGGCUUAUGACACACUUUUUAGAGUUUCACUAGCUCCUGUGUAUUUCUGUGCUAACUGUGGCAAUCUGUUAGCAGCCAAAAUAAUCAGCAACCAGGCAGGAAAUGCACAUUUUUUUCCUUGCAACCAGUGGUUGCACUGAUAUGUGUGAAUAUAUAGGAAUCGAUUUCAGAGCAACUACCACCAACCUCCAGCAACCACUUGCCAACCGGUCAGGGAGCACAACAAUUUUCUUAUAGUUGCGAGAUGGUUGUCGACUGUUCUCUAGGCUGGUGUGUGACUUGGACUUCAUUUACUUGACCCCAGACUGUUACACAUCUGAAACAGUGGAACACUUAAUAUCAUAUGGUUACUGAUCACAUGACUACAAAAUCAAAACUGAUUAUUCGAUUGGUAAAAGCUUGAGUGACAUUUUUAAUUGAUGACAUAUUUAAUUAAAAUCAUUAGAAGCUCAAACGCUA